GAGCGCUCAGUUCAGUCCCUGAACCGUUGGCUCACCAUUCAUCGCAAUUCGCCGCAGCGUUGACCGAUGACAUUCUUAACUCGUGUUGACAUCCAUGCCAGCCUGGUUUCUUCUCACAUUUUAUUUAAUUUUAUAUUGACAAAAUGAGAGUAAUUGAAACCAGCCGUACAGUUGAAAUCCCCAAGGAUGUCAAAAUUUCUGUUCAUGCACGAACAGUGACAGUCAUUGGGCCUCGAGGCAAGCUCACAAGAAAAUUCAACCAUGCCGUCUUGAACAUUUACCUAGAAAAAAAGAAUCUCCUGAAGAUCACAAAAUGGUUCGGAAAGAAGAAAUUCGCAGCCUCCGUAGGAACAGUUGCUGCCCACGUUCGGAACAUGAUCAUUGGAGUAACAAAGGGUUUCCUGUACAAAAUGAGGCUGGUCUACGCCCAUUUCCCCAUCAACUGUAUCAUUUCAGAAAACAAGAAAAGUAUAGAAAUCCGUAACUUUUUAGGAGAAAAACACAUCAGGAAGGUAGACAUGUUCCGUGGUGUCACUGUCACAAGCUCAACAGCAGUUAAGGACGAAUUACUGAUCCAAGGAAAUGACAUUGAAAUGGUCUCCAAAUCAGCCGCUGCAAUCCACACGUCAUGCAAAGUUGUGAAGAAGGAUAUCCGUAAGUUUUUGGACGGUAUUUAUGUUUCUGAAAAGACGACGAUCGUUAGGGAUGAAGAGUAGACUUAAGUUUUUUUUAAUAAAUGAUUUUUAUUAUUAA